AUGCCCACUUGGAUUUUAGCUGUACAAGCCCUUUCUGAUGUCAGCAUUGUAUGCACUUCAUCAACUGAACGUGAACUACGAUUCCACGAGACAAUUGCUUCGACAUUCACCCUACGAAUGGUUAUACGUAGCAUACCCCACGCUGUGUACUGUAUGAGUUAUGCUUUCUUUAAUAAUGGAAAAGUGCACUCUAAGCUGAUACUCGGAGACUAUGCGGGCAACGUGAGAGUUCUGUCUUAUUCGCCACACUUACGUGGUCCCUUUCAAGCAAAACCAGGAGCUGCCCUUAUUGAAGUUAUAUGGUCUGACAUACUCAGGGGAAAGAUACCACAGUUUUUCCCUAAGGAAUACAUAAACCUUCACAAUGAGAUGGUAUCUUGCGUUUACUUUUCUCUACAUAUGAACGCAUUAUUUGCAUCGGCGGAAUAUAGGAAUACUAAGAAGUAUAGAGGUCGCUGCCCUGGCAUGAUUAUGGUAACUUAUGACGAGCGAAGCAACUUCCGCAUUCCCCUUGGUGUAUCUACCUUCUUCGUAGCUGAGAGCCAUAACAUUGUGGUAACAGGAGGGCCGGACACAUUCGUUAGGAUCUGGGAUGUUUAUAUUCCCACAGAGCCCUCUGCGAUCCUUACAGGUCAUAAUGGUGGAAUUGUUCUGGUUUUUGUUCAACCGGAAGAAAACAAGGUUUACAGCGUUGACUACCAGAAGAUUAUAAAGGUGUGGGACCUACAUGAACAUACACUUUUACAGACAUAUGGAGAUUUAGUGCGUUUGAUACAUCACAGUGAGACGGACCUGACAUAUUAUUACCAUUCCCAUCUUCGGGAACUUGUGGUGGCAGGACGAAAGUUGAUUUCCAUUAAGUGUUGCCCUCGCGUUCGUGUGGACCUCACGGAUGGUAACACUCACGCAGCUCCGGUCUCGGUUGUUUUGUACAAUCGUUUGUUUAGAAACAUUGUUAGCUGUGGGCUUGACAGUUAUAUUAUAGUUUGGGAUCCUUGGACAGGACGGAGAAAAAUUAUCAUGAAAAGUUGUCACACCAAAAUGAUCUAUGGUGAGAUUAUAGAUAUUGAGAUCACCGCUGCCUGCUUUGAUCCGCUAGAGCAAUUUCUCCUCACUGGAGCACGUGAUGGUUCCCUGAAAAUCUGGAACUAUAACAACGCAGUGGUGGUACGAAAUAUGAGUAUAAUGCCAGACCAAGAAGUAACUGCAGUUAUUUGGGUUGUAGAUCGGUAA